AGUUUUUGCAUUUUUGUGUACCUUGUUUGUGCCUAACAAUUUGUUUAGUUAUUUCGUUUUGCUUGCCAUUUGGCAGUUGAGGUUUUUCGUACAUAACUCUUAUAACACCUUUAAAUUUCCCAUUCAGUUUUUAGUUCCGAGCAGAAAUGCAACGCUUGCAGUUGACUCUUUUUCUGGGUCGUGUUUUGUUUCUCAGAUCUAUUUUUGCUAUAGACUUUUGUGAUAUCAAGUCCUGCCAUGGCAAGCGGCACAUUGGAUGCAACAACAACAUGAUGUUCGAUGAGAGCUGCCUGCGUUUUCAUGGCCUGGUUAAUAUGGCAUAUUUCCGCGAGUAUCUGCUGGGUCUGCACAACGGCUAUCGGCAGGAGGUGGCCAGCCACUUGUUUGUCGACUUGCCACCUGCCCGGAAAAUGCCCGAAUUGGUAUGGGACCACUACCUGUCGGUGGUGGCCGAGUAUCACCUGAAACGCUGCCAAUUGGAUCUGCCUGCCGACUCCUGCGUGGCCACCGAUGACUUCUCGAAUCCCCAUUUCAACUACGCCGAGGAUUUCUACCCGCGACCUGUGAUGCGACAAUCGAAUGUUCGCGAAAUGACCAUCUUGGCGGAACAGUGGCUGGAUGAGCUCUACGACAUGGAGGAUAUAGCCAUAUAUAAUGCGGAAGGUGAAAUCAGAAAUAUCAUCAACGAUCGCGGCGCCUACAUGGGCUGUGCUGCUGGCCAGGAUUACGAUCUGUGGAACAUACACUUUGUGCUCGUUUGCUACUACAGCUCAGGACCACCUGCCAAUGGAAACCUCUACGAGGAGGGCCAAUUCAAUGCCAGCCUGUGUGCCAAUGGACAGAGUGAUGAAUACCCCAACCUUUGCAAAACACUGACCCUGAAUGACUAAGUCCCUGAAUCUCCGGCAAAAUAAAUAUUGCAAAGGCUUUGGGUAUAAUUAAAUGUGCGAACCACUUGGCCAUAAAUGGAAGAAAGGCAGUGCUGAA